AUGCAAUUACAACUUCAAGACCUGAUAUUGUUGGCAACGCUUUCUCUACAAGUCGGAGCUUGGUCUCCUUCCAACAGCUACGUUCCAGCAAAUGUUACAUGUGACGACAACAUAAAUUUAAUUAGAGAGGCCAAUUCUCUAUCCGAUGACGAGAAAUCAUGGCUUACCAAGAGAGAUGCUAUUACCAGUGAGGCUCUCGAAUCUUUUUUGAAACGUUCUACUAGUAAUUUCUCAGAUACAUCACUGAUUUCUCAAUUAUUCAGUGGGAACAGUUCAUCAGCUCCAAGAAUUGGUGUCGCAUGUUCUGGUGGUGGGUACCGUGCGAUGUUAAGUGGUGCUGGUAUGGUUGCUGCCAUGGAUAACAGAACCGAUGGUGCCAAUGAACAUGGGUUAGGUGGUCUAUUACAGGGUGCAACCUACUUAGCUGGGCUUUCUGGGGGGAAUUGGUUGACAAGUACUUUAGGUUGGAAUAAUUGGACAUCCGUGCAAGCCAUUUUAAAUAAUAUGACCAAUGAUGAUUCCAUAUGGGAUAUUUCACAUUCAAUUAUCAACCCAGGUGGUUGGAAUAUCCUUGAGACUGGGGAAAGAUGGGAUCACAUCUCAGAUGCUGUUCAAGCCAAGCAGGAUGCAGGAUUCAACAUCUCUUUGGCUGAUGUUUGGGGACGUGCAUUAUCUUAUAAUUUUUUCCCAAGUCUUUAUCGUGGUGGUCAAGGUUACACUUGGUCUACUUUGAGAGAUGCUGACGUAUUUAAGAACGCUGAAAUGCCAUUCCCAAUCUCCGUUGCUGAUGGUAGAUAUCCUGGUACUACUGUGAUUAAUUUAAAUGCUACCGUUUUUGAAUUUAAUCCGUUUGAAAUGGGUUCAUGGGAUCCAACUCUAAAUACUUUCACUGACGUAAAAUAUUUAGGUACUAACGUGUCUAAUGGGAAACCAAUUACUGAAGGUAAAUGUAUUGCCGGGUUUGAUAACACUGGGUUUAUUACUGGUACCUCAUCCACUUUAUUUAACCAAUUUUUAUUACACAUUAACUCCACAAGUUUACCAAGCUUUAUUACUAAAUUAGCAUCUCACUUCCUAAAUGAUUUAUCAGCAGAUUAUAAUGAUAUUGCCAUCUACUCUCCAAAUCCAUUUAGAGAUGCUGAUUUUAUCGCUAGUAAUUAUUCUAAGAGUAUUGUUCAAUCCAAGGAUUUGUUCUUAGUUGAUGGUGGUGAAGAUAACCAAAAUAUUCCAUUGGUGCCAUUAUUACAAAAGGAACGUGAAUUGGAUGUCAUCUUUGCUCUAGAUAAUUCCGCUGAUACAAACCAAUCAUGGCCAGAUGGUGCAUCCUUGGUUAACACAUACGAACGUCAAUUCGGUAUGCAAGGUAACGGUAUGGCAUUCCCAUAUGUCCCAGACAAGAAUACGUUCGUUAACUUAGGAUUAAACAAAAGACCAACUUUCUUUGGUUGUGAUGCUCGUAACUUAACUGAUUUGGAAUAUAUUCCACCUUUAGUUGUCUAUAUUCCAAAUGCUAGACAUUCGUUCAAUGGUAAUCAAAGUACCUUUAAGAUGUCAUACUCAACUUCUGAACGUUUCAGUAUGAUCCAAAAUGGGUUUGAAUCUGCAACAAGAGGUAAUUUUACUGAUGACUCUGAUUUCUUAGGUUGUAUUGGUUGUGCCAUCAUGAGACGUAAGCAACAAAGUAUGAAUGCUACUUUACCAACUGAAUGUAAUCAAUGUUUCACGAAUUACUGUUGGAAUGGUACGAUUGAUAACACUCCAGCAAAAGACAGUACAAAUGCUACCACAUCUGCCACCGGUUCUGCUAGUAUCGCAUCUGCAAGUUCAACGUCUUCAUCUUCUACUAACAAGAAGAAUGCCGGUGUCGCAUUGAACGUUAAUGAUUCAAACAUUUUUAUGUUUAUGUUUUCUAUUAUUAGCGUUGUCUUCUCUUUGAUUUGA